UAUCUGUGUAUCUAGCUAUCUAUACAUGGCUGCAUUCAGGUUAGGAUAUGCUGUCUAAAAUGUUGUUGGUUUCCUGCUUCUCUUCUACUGUUUCUAGGCUCAGCCUGCCAAGACGAUGACAGUCACUUAUUCCAGCAAAGUAGCAAAUGCCACUUUCUUUGGAUUUCACAGAUUACUCCUAAAGUGGAAAGGCAGCAUCUACAAAUUGCUGUACAGAGAAUUUAUUGUUUUUGCUACCCUUUACACAGCGAUAAGUGUAUUAUACAGAUUUUUUCUUACAGGAAGCCAAAAGCGGUUCUUUGAAAAAUUAUCAAUUUACUGUGACAAAUACGCUGAACAAAUCCCAGUAACUUUUGUGCUUGGUUUCUAUGUCACGCUGGUGGUGAAUCGCUGGUGGAACCAGUUUGUGAAUUUGCCAUGGCCAGAUCGACUGAUGUUCUUGAUCUCUAGCUGUGUCCAGGGAAGAGAUGAAUACGGCCGCUUGAUCAGGAGGACUCUAAUGCGUUAUGUGAAUUUAACUUCUCUGCUGAUCUUUCGCUCCGUGAGCACAGCUGUGUACAAGAGGUUUCCCACCAUGGACCAUGUGGUGGGUGCAGGUUUUAUGACAAGACAUGAAAGAAAAAUAUUUGAUGACCUUAAGUCUCCUCAUCUGAAAUAUUGGGUUCCCUUUGUCUGGUUUGGAAAUUUGGCAUCGAAGGCACGAAAUGAGGGAAGAAUUCGAGACAGUGUGGAUCUACAGACACUAAUGAAUGAAAUGAAUAAGUUCAGAUCUUGGUGUAGCCUUUUGUUUGGCUAUGACUGGGUUGGAAUUCCUCUGGUCUAUACACAGGUCGUUACUCUUGCAGUAUAUACCUUUUUCUUUGCCUGCCUGAUAGGCCGCCAGUUUCUGGAUACUGACCAAGGGUAUCAGGGACACGACUUAGAUCUUUAUGUUCCAAUCUUCACGCUGUUACAGUUCUUCUUCUAUGCAGGAUGGCUCAAGGUCGCGGAACAACUUAUUAAUCCAUUUGGAGAAGAUGAUGAUGAUUUUGAAACUAAUUGGUGCAUCGAUAGAAAUUUACAGGUCUCACUUCUGGCGGUGGAUGAGAUGCACAUGAACUUACCAAGAAUGGAGAGAGACAUUUACUGGAAUGAUUCUUCCGCCCGGCCGCCCUACACAAAAGCAGCUGCUGAUUACUGCAUUCCUUCAUUCCUUGGAUCAACAAUUGAAAUGGGGCUGGCUGAUACCGAAUUCCUCUAUGGGGAAGAGUGGCCCUGGGAAGAAGAGAAACACCACAGACAACAUUCAGUGCUGAGGAGAGUUAAGAGAUUUCUCAGCGUCCACGAGGGCCCUUCCUCCCCCACUCACAGGCGCUACAACCGGCAGACAAGUGAGAAUUCGGUGUUCUUCCCCGCAGAUGAGAAGGGACACAUCAGGCGGCUGCAGGAAAUGCACACUAGGGGGAAACAUUCUACCUCCAGCUUCAAGAGGAAACACGAAGGAGCUGACCGAAGUAGCAGACUUCACAGUAGCAGGGAUCUAGGACCUAUAAGCGAAACCUCCAGGAAUGAGGCACUGCUUAAUGACAGUGACACCUCAUCUGAGACGAACAAGCCAGUUCCUGAGGUCAUCAUCUCUGAAACUGAGGAAAAAGCACCUGAUGUGCUGGGCAAGUCAGCUCUGCAAGCAGAGAGCACUGAAGUCACACAGGAAGAGAAGCCCCAAAGGAGCCUAACCGAGGCAGAUGUGUCUCUUAUGGACCUUUCUUUAUUCCCCUCAGAAGUGACUGCACACUUCCCAGGUACUGAGAUGCAUCAGUCACUGCCUAGCAUAAGGGAGCCCAAACAAGAAACCCACAGUAGUAACAUAGCUGGUCUCAGAACAGAUCACGAGAGAAACCUUCAGCGAUGGAGCUUACCAAGCUUCCAUAGUCCCAGUACAAUGCCCAGUGCUGACUCUGCACAUCCUGUAACAGAUGCUGCAACAUUUUCACAACCAAGGACUGUGGUAAGUGAUGGAAAAAGCAUUACUUCUGCUACUGCUCCAGAGACAUUUGAAAUGCAUCACCUAUUGGAUAACCUGGAUACCAAAGAAACAGCCAUAGUAGAAUUUUCUAAUGAAAAAAGUAAAAGAAAUCCUUAACAGUGCUUCUGGUUCUGGCUGAUCUUCCUGUAUUUUCUUGAAAGUGGUUCUCACAGAUGUUUGUUGGAAGGUCCAUAAAGGCAGACAUGAUGCUCAGACAAGUCCUGAGCAAGAUCCAACAGAGGAUUCAGGCACGUAAACACAAGGCACUGCAAUACUUCAAGCCACUUGGUCACUGGUUUCAAAUUUGUGACCCUGUGAGGAAAACACUUGCAGAGAGGACUGAGUGUCUCAAAAAUGGAUUCAAACCAGCCAGCGCACAUAGUAGUGAGAUGUGUGGGCUUGCCUAGAGGAAACACUAAAGUUAAGAAGAGCAGAGGUGGCUUUUCCCACUUUAUGUGCACCUUGAAUAUUGCCAUGUGAUCUGAUGGAUGCUCCUUCAGAAUUAAAUCCAUAACAUCCUUGUAAGACAACCAACACUUCUGGUUUCUAGUCAAGGAGCUAGGGGAGGUUUGGGCUCAGUUCCCUCUUCAGCCCACUAAAUUCCAAUACUUAGAGGUAUGCUUAAACAAAUCAGGCACCUUAUUGUGGCUUGUGGAGGCAAGAGCCUGCUAUGGUCCUGCUGAAGCUAUGCCACAACAGAUUGAAAAAUAAAAAUGAAAUACUUCAUAUUAAAACUCCAUUGAGAAAAAUGGAAGAGGCAAAAUUUCUAAUGAACUAGGCAUGGGAGGUAUAAGUCUUGGUCUGUGCUCCUUAGAGCACGUACAUAGCUUAUCUAGGAGCCAUAGCCCUCUCUCAAGAAGGGGAGCAGCAGAGGUAACUGAUCUGAGGCCUCCACUCAUGGGGAGCUGCAGCUGCCAGCCAGAUAUAGGAAGGAUUUUCAGCAGUUGUGGAGUAAAUCUGGUAUACUGUCUAGUUCUGUUAUCACAGACCAGGAAUGUUCUUCCCUCUGAAAGGAGAUUUAAGCCAUUUAAUAUAAAACUCCCACAGAUCCACACUUAGAGUCCAGUCCCACUACACCUCCUCCGUAUCUUCCUUCAUACAACUUUCACAAGGGAGUGGAAGCAGCCUGGCCAGCAGGUCAAGGGAGGUGAUCCUGCCUCUCUGCCCUGCACUGCCCUGAGUACUGCUCAUCUGGAGUACUGU